AUGAUUCCAUCUUUGACUUUCACCGCUGCCCUUCUUGGACUUGCUUCUGCAUCUCCUCUGGGCCUGGGUCUUCCUGCCUAUAAACGCUUUGCUCCCAGCAAGCUGGGACACCUCCACAAGCGUCAAGUUCCCCAGGAACACUCGCACGAUUUCGUCCUCGUCAUCACCCGCGAGUUUCUCAACUUGGAUAACCCCAAGAAUAUCCAAGAUCCCGUCUUUGGUCUCUUGGGUGAUGGCGCUGCCGCCGCUGGUGCUGGAGACGUCACCAACCUCGCCUGCCUGAAGCAGGAAACCGCCGAUCAAGCCUUUACCAACGCAAAGGCUGCGGGUGAUCUCCGUGGCAUGGCUGGUGCUCUCUUGUUCCAGGCAAUUGAGCGCAAUACGGCAGGUGUUGGUGUUGCUAGCAAGCUCUGCACGGAACAGGCUGUCAACCCAGAAAUUGGGGCCCUGACGCAGCACCAGGACGCUGCUUCGGAGAAUGCUGGGGCUUUGAACAAGGCUAUUACUCUUGAGUUGGCGAAGCAGUUGGCUGGCAUUGGUGCUGAUCCCAACCUGGCUCUUCUGAGUGGAACUUUCGCCCCUGGCGAUACCGGUGACGCUACUGGAAAGGGAAACUCUUGCGACACUGAGGAACCCGAACUCGGCUGCAUCUUCUCCGAGAAGCUUCUCGUCCUUGACGCCAGCGAAGACGAGAUUGCAGCCGCCGUCGCUGAUGUCGCCCAGACCUUUACGGGUACUGGAGGUAUCGCCGCUACUGACUUGGUCAACCUGGCUGAUUUCAGUGUUGCGUCUGUCACUGGAACCGUUGAUCUCGCUACCAUUGUCAACGGUGGCUCUGGCGGCGCUACUGGCGUGGCUUCUGGCGUGGCUUCGGAAUCUGCUGCUGCUUCUGAGGUCGCUUCUGAGGUCGCUUCUGAUGUUGCCGAGACGUCUGCUGCUGCCGUGACCACUGGUGCUGGUGGAAACAACAACAAUGCUGGUGGCGAAGCAGCUACCACUGCCGACGCAGCAACAACGGCAGCCACAACAAAGGCAAAGGGAUGCGCUGCCAAGCCUCCAGCUACCAAGGCCCCGGCUAUCAUCACAACCGCUAUCACCCCCGUGGCUCCGGCGGCGUCAAACCAGGCGGCCCAGGGCUCGUGCUCUACGAUUGUCAAGACCGUCGCCGCUGAUGCAACGGAUGCCGUUCUCGCAACUCUCACUUCCGCAACUGUCGGCCAAGUUACUUCAGCUGGUGCCAACAUCCAGGCCUUUACCGGCACCCUCGGCGGUCCUGCUCCUCCCGUUGUCUCCUCCGCCGGCGACCGACCCUUCUCAGUCAAUGGUAACACCUUCACUGGCGCCGGUGCCGCUAUCAGCCGGUCUUGCGAUAUCCAGCACAACGCUUGUGCCAACGCCGCCAACUCUGGCGAGCUUGAUGGUGGCAUCGCUCAGUGCGAGACUCAAGUCAGUGAAUGCAAAGCCGCCAACGCUCUGAAGAAGCGACAGGCUGGUAGCUUUGGGUCUUGCUCCGAUCCCAGCAUCAUCUUUGCCGCAGGACUUGACGGUCGCAAGGAAGAAGCCUUCGCGCCAUCCAACGACGCCGACUUUAACCACGGAUCUGCGCAAAAGAUUGGCAUCAUUGCCGAUUUCAUUUGCCAGCGUCUUGGAGAUAGCUGCAAGGCCGAUGCGGCUGUUGUAGCCAGCUGCACCAGCGCCGCAGCCGCCGCAAAGGCGACGACCCAGGACCAGACUGCCGCUGAUGUCUUCAACGCUGGCCUCGGAGUCGAAGCUGGUAGUGGCGAUGCGAAUGGGAACGGAGGAGACGCUGUUGUGACUAGUGCUGCGGCUGUUAGCACGGGUGCUGCUCAGGCUGGAGGAGCUCAAGCUGUUGUAAUGACUAUUACUCAAUGCGCAUAA